UGUUUGCUUUUUCGUUAUUAUUUUGUAGGUAUUGGGUUUUUUAAUGUCUCAUUUUCACUCUGCGGCAUUCAGUGAUUUUGCAGCCUAUAAUCGUUUGCUAAGCAAAUACAGUUUGGCAGGUCAACAAAAAGCAACGCUUCCUGGUGCGUAGCUUUACAUCCGUGUUGUGUGUCAGGCUGUCAGCCCACGGCACAACUGCUGGCCAGAGUGGUCUGUGUGGACACGUACCGACCAUUUCUGAAUGUGCCAGGACUGGUGACCGAGUGGACAGCUGUGGCACCGGCGAGAAACUGGAAUUGGAGUACAGCAGUGGCACCGGCGAGAAACUGGAAUUGGAGUACAGCACUGCCAAAAAAGGAAGAUUCGGAUGGGACUAUUUCAGCAGGAGAAAUUUCGUCGGGAACUCGGGCAGAGGCUGUGAGCCAGGGCAGCUCAACGCUUAAUAUUUAUUAACUAUUUAUUCUUAAAAUGAGGUUAAAAGUCGGAUUUAUUAUUCGAAGUUUAUUUGUCGCGGGGACUUUUCUCUGCUUAGUUGUGCUUUGGUCUUCCCUCUUGCCAAAAUCAAACGAGGAAUCGAGCCAAUCAAGGAUUAAGGAGGACAAACAUGUAGCCAAGAAUCCUGUUAUGGGCAAAUUUAAGCCCGUAGUGCCAUGGCCUCAUGUGGAGGGAGUUGAGGUUGAUCUGGACUCUCUACGGCAGCAGAACAAAGGACAAAAUGAGGUCCACCAGAAACUGAAUGGCGGGGAACAGAACUUAGAGAAGGUGAUGCAGAAGCAGUACGUCACCUUUAAGCCUCACACCCAUGUCUAUUCGGACCCUAUUCUGAAACAUACUGAGCUGGGAAACUUGGAGCCAAAGCAAUCUGAGCGUCCAGGGGUCCCAGGUGGGCCAGGCGAAGAAGGCAAGGCCUUUGUUCUGGGGCCAGAAUACAAGGAGUCCGUCCAAGCGAGCAUCAAAGAAUUUGGUUUCAACAUGGUGGCCAGCGACAUGAUAUCCCUGGACCGCAGUGUUAACGACUUGCGCCAUGAAGAGUGCAAGUACUGGCAUUACAAUGAAAACCUGCUCACCUGCAGCAUCAUCAUAGUCUUUCACAAUGAAGGCUGGUCCACUCUCAUGAGAACUGUGCACAGUGUCAUCAAGAGGACGCCCAGCAUAUACCUGGCGGAAAUAGUGAUGAUUGAUGACCACAGCAAUAAAGAACACCUGAAAAGCAGGCUGGAGGACUAUGUCAAGCAGUGGAACGGGCUGGUGAAGGUGUUCCGCAAUGAGAAGAGGGAGGGAUUAAUCCAGGCCAGGAGCAUAGGUGCCCGUAAGGCCAAGCUUGGCCAGGUGUUGAUUUACCUGGAUGCCCACUGUGAAGUUGGAGUAAACUGGUACGCCCCACUGGUGGCUCCGAUCUCCAAAGACAGAACCGUAUGCACAGUUCCAUUAAUAGAUUAUAUAGACGGCAAUGAUUAUACCUUAGAACCACAGCAAGGCGGGGAUGAAGACGGUUUGGCCAGAGGUGCCUGGGACUGGGGUUUGUUGUGGAAACGGGUGCCAUUAAACGACAAGGAAAAGUCUAAAAGAAAGCAUAAGAGUGAGCCUUAUCGAUCUCCUGCUAUGGCUGGUGGACUUUUUGCUAUUGAGAGAGAAUAUUUCUUUGAACUGGGGCUAUAUGACCCUGGUCUUCAAAUCUGGGGAGCAGAGAAUUUUGAGAUAUCCUACAAGAUCUGGCAGUGUGGUGGGAAGUUGCUCUUCGUUCCCUGCUCUCGAGUUGGGCACAUCUACCGCUUACACGGCUGGCAAGGAAACCCACCCCCCGCUCACGUGGGCUCAUCUCCCACACUGAAGAACUAUGUCCGUGUGGUAGAAGUGUGGUGGGAUGAGUACAAGGCCUACUUCUAUGCCAGUCGACCUGAAACACAGAACUUAGCCUAUGGAGACAUCAGCGAGCUGAAGAAAUUCAGGGAAGAACAUCAGUGCAAAAGCUUCAAGUGGUUCAUGGAAGAGAUAGCCUAUGACAUCCCAAAUCACUACCCUCUGCCUCCCAAGAAUAUUGAUUGGGGAGAGAUACGUGGGUUUGAAACAAGUUAUUGCAUCGACAGCAUGGGUCACACCAAUGGAGGCAAUGUGGAGAUAGGGCCUUGCCAUAGGAUGGGGGGAAACCAGCUUUUCAGAAUAAAUGAUGCCAACCAGGUUAUGCAGUAUGACCAGUGCAUGACCAAAGGACCGGAUGGCUCUGCUGUCAUCGUAACACACUGCACUCUGAAUGAGUACACAGAGUGGAAAUACUUCAAGGAUCUUCAUAGAUUCCUGCAUGUUCCCACGGCGAAAUGCUUGGAUCGAUCCGAUGUUCUCCGCAAGGUUUUCAUCGCCGCGUGUGACGAGAACAAAACCACACAGAAGUGGGAAAUGAACAAUCUUGUAGCAGUUUGAAACAGGCACUCCUACAGCAACUAGAAGAGACUAUUCAAUUGUCUGGAAAUGCUGAUCACUUGCAUGACUGCUGCAAUGAGAAACUAGGUAAAUAUUGAAAUGAAGGAGAACUGAAAAUGGGAUACUAGAUCUUAUUUUGAACUGUUUACAAAUAUUUUUUAUUUCUUUUAAUUGAUUGAUCAUUGAUCGUGUUUACAUCUUUUCUUACUAAUGAUGAAGCUACAUUUUGGGGAUUUUGCUCAGGGUUCUAUCAAGCUUGUUUUUUUUGUUUGUUUUUUUCUUCUCUCCCCAAUUGCAUUUUACAUUAAGCAAGGUGCAAUUUAUCAAUAUUUUUACAGAUAAAAUCCCAAAACACUCCUUUUAUAUAGUUAAGCUUAAAAUCAAGUCGGUAUGUGCUAAUCAUGUGUCACAGAGCAGCAUUUUCAUACUAGAGGCCAGCCAGGUUUGGUACUGUAACUGCACUGUGGAAUAAGGCCAGUGAAGGCAGCACUGUUUUAAGUGUUUUGUCUUCAGUGUGAAAGGUACCAUUUAAAAUACUGGGUUCUUGUCAUUUUGUUGUUCUCAGUUUUAUCACUGUAGAAUCUAUUUUAGAUGGCCCAAAUCACACUUUACACAUCUGAUUGCAAAUAUUAAUACAGUAAUAUAUUUAUAUGGAGUUUUUUUCAUAUACUUUUAAUAUUGCAUUGACACAUUGCAACUGAAAUCCAAAGUUAUGUCUCCGAAAUCAUAUCUGAAAAAAUAUGUGGCCUGAAUUGAAUUUUUUGUGAAAAUAGAGAUGUCAUUUUUGAGAUUUCUAUUAUGUCUUUGGUGAAGGUGUAAAUAUGUUAUUUAAAGAAUUGAUUCUUUCUGGUCCUCAAUGGAAAAUAAAUGGAAUUAUUUAA